CGUGGGCCGCGCUGGGAUUGGCGAGCGCCAGUUCGGGGGCCCGCUUGUGCAGACGCGGGGUUUCCUACGCGAGCUUAGCUGUUGAGAAGAUGGUGGACCACUUGGCAAACACCGAGAUCAACAGCCAGCGGAUUGCAGCAGUAGAGAGCUGUUUUGGGGCAUCGGGGCAGCCGCUGGCCCUGCCCGGCCGUGUGCUCCUAGGCGAGGGGGUGCUGACCAAGGAGUGCCGCAAGAAGGCCAAGCCACGAAUCUUCUUCCUUUUCAACGACAUCCUGGUGUACGGCAGCAUUGUGCUUAGCAAACGCAAGUACCGCAGCCAGCAUAUUAUUCCCCUGGAAGAGGUAACACUGGAACCGCUGCCGGAGACCCUGCAGGCCAAGAACCGCUGGAUGAUCAAGACAGCCAAGAAGUCCUUUGUGGUGUCGGCAGCCUCCACCACGGAACGUCAGGAAUGGAUAAGCCACAUAGAAGAGUGUGUGCGGAGGCAGCUGCUGGCCACAGGCCGCCAGCCCACCACAGAGCAUGCUGCGCCCUGGAUCCCCGACAAGGCCACGGACAUCUGCAUGCGCUGCACGCAGACACGCUUCUCGGCACUCACCCGGCGUCACCAUUGCCGCAAAUGCGGAUUUGUGGUCUGUGCUGAGUGUUCCAAGGAGCGUUUCCUGUUGCCACGUCUCUCUCCCAAGCCCCUUCGUGUCUGCAGCCUCUGCUACCGAGAGCUGGCUGCCCAGAAGCGGAGGGAGGAGGCCAAGGAGAGUUUCGGGGGCUCUCCACGGCAGCUGUCCCACCUAGGCGGCACUGUCUGUGGUGCAUCCAGUGGCGAUGACGAUGACUCCGAUGAGGACAGAGAGGGCAGUGGAGAUGGUGACUGGCCCACUCAGGUGGAAUUCUAUGCUUCUGGGGUCUCCUGGUCAGCCUUCCAUAGUUGACCCUCACCUGCAGAGUGUUUGCAUCAAGCCAGUCCACUGCCAGGGACCCUUUCCUGUGGCAGUGGGCAUGUGACAGAUGGCUAUUCCAGAGCCAUUACUAGUGCCUUUCUGCUAGACAGCAGCCUCCUGGGCUCUCUUCUAAUUCUUCUCAGAUAAUUUACCUUCCAUUUCACAUGUAGUCCUUGAUGACCAGGCUACAGCUGCUGCCCUUGAAAUUAAACCAGACCAGGUAUUAAGACCAACCCAAGCAUUAAGACUAGGGUUGAAGAAGGAAGACCAGACCAGAAUUGGAGGUCCUCUUCACUCUGAAACUUGGGCUUCAGACCCCAUUCCCACUUUCAACCUUUAACAGGUGCAGCCCAUGGGAGAGCAUGAGGCCUGCUCAUCUAUCAGCAUGCAGACACCACUACCUGGCCACUGGGUCCUGCCAAGCUGGACCCCAGAUGUACUGUGUGUGCCCUUCAGACCCAAGUGGCCUGCAGCCUGAGCUCCCUGAGCCCAGACCAGCCCAUCAAGCCCUCUGCCCUGUCACCACCAAAUGUCUAGUGCCCAUGUAUCCUGUCUCUGACCCAUCUCUGUCUGCAGUCAGUAGAAUCAAUGUUUUCUCUUAGGACUCUAGAUUCAGGGAGAAAAACCCUAUCCAGACUGAUUUACCAAUAAAUAAGAAUGAAGUACCAA